AUGUUAUCCGCACGUCUACUACGGCAUCAGCUAUUGCUUCCUUACAGCGUCCCCUCAACUUUCCGCUACCUGCAUCAGCAACAAAAAGAAAACCUAUUUGACAAGAUCCUCGUCGCUAAUCGUGGCGAGAUCGCUGUGCGUGUCAUGCGCACGUGCAAGAAACUGGGCAUCAAAACAGUGGCUGUGUAUUCAGAGCCUGAUGUGAACUCUAUGGCUGUACGUAUGGCGGAUGAAGCGGUCUGUGUAGGUCCAGCACCUUCAAAUCAAAGCUAUCUCAGUAUCCCCAAGAUCUUAGAAGCCGUCAAAGCUACGGGAGCUCAAGCUGUGCAUCCAGGCUACGGAUUCUUGUCGGAAAACAAGGACUUUUGCGAAGCAUUAGAGGCCAUUGGAGUGACAUUCAUUGGCCCUGGUCGUGAAGCUAUCCAGGCUAUGGGAGACAAGAUUGAGUCCAAGCAACUGGCAAUGGACGCAGGGGUUAAUACGAUCCCUGGCUUCUUGGGAGAGAUUGACACAUCGGAAGCUGCUGUUCGAGUGGCUCAGGAAAUUGGAUAUCCUGUUAUGAUUAAAGCUAGUGCUGGAGGAGGAGGGAAGGGAAUGCGCGUUGCGUAUGAUGAUGAAGAGGUGCGGAUGGGUUACCGACUGUCAAAAGAAGAAGCAGCGAGCAGUUUUGGAGACGAUCGGAUGUUUCUCGAGAAAUUUAUCGAAGAUCCACGACAUAUUGAGAUUCAACUCAUUGCAGAUUCACAUGGAAAUAUCGUGCCAUUGCCUGAAAGAGAAUGCUCGAUCCAACGUCGGAAUCAAAAAGUAAUUGAAGAAGCACCAAGUGUGCUAUUGGAUCCGGAAACGAGAGUGGCUAUGGGUAAGCAAGCAGCCAUGUUGGCACGAAAGGUAGGCUACGUAAGUGCUGGCACAGUUGAGUUUUUGUGUGAUAAACACAAGAACUUUUACUUUUUGGAGAUGAACACGCGUCUUCAGGUUGAGCAUCCCGUGACAGAGCUCAUCUCGCGCGUGGACCUCGUCGAACAGAUGAUUCGCGUUGCUGCAGGACAUGAACUACCUAAGGAAUUGCUAGGAGGACCAGUGAAGAUCCACGGCUGGGCUAUGGAAAGUCGUGUGUAUGCUGAGGACCCGGUGCGUGGCUUUCUGCCAUCUAUUGGACGGCUGCUCCAGUACAAGGAGCCCGUCCACCUUCCAGGUGUACGUGUGGACUCGGGUGUGAAAGAAGGUAGCGAUAUCUCCAUGUUCUAUGAUCCGAUGAUCUCGAAGCUUAUUACGUACGGAAAAGACCGCCCGGAGUGCUUGGAGCGCAUGAAGAUAGCACUAAACAAUUACGUUAUCCGCGGCCCAGGAAACAAUAUAUCGUUCUUGCAGGAUGUCUACCGUCAUCCUCGCUUUGCGAGCGGCAAGAUCACUACAAAGUUCAUCGAGGAGGAGUACCCCGAGGGUUUUAAUGGUGUCAAGCUGACACCGGCCGAGACCGAGGACCUCAGAGUUGUCGGCGCGAUCAUGCAUCUGAAGAAAGCUGCCACCAAUAGCCAGAUCUCUGGCCGCAUUCAGACAAUACCCGUGGAAGGGUUUGCAUUUCUCGGCUCUCUCAACGAAGAUGAAGUGGAGUUUGUGUCAGACCAAGCAGGAGUCGUUCCCCGCCUUCGUGCCCUUGCUCCAGGUCUGUCAUCGAAUGAACUGACUGCGCUCGCGGAGCGGAACCACCUCAAGAAUGUGGGCACGCAGCUGGCUGUUAGCAUCGAUGGUCCAUUUGGAGAGUCAAAGUCCGUAGUGGUUGUGGAAGUUGAGGUGGAGAACAAGCUGCACCGCACCGAAACGAAGACGCUAGCUAUGGUGGACAGCGAAUGGCACGUCGUGGGCAAUAUAGACUGGUCGCUCAAUGGGCCGCUAUUCAAGGCAUCGCAUGAAAAGCAGAGCGGAGCAGCAGAUUUUUCGUUGGUGUCACAAAUGCUGCAGACGCUUCCGGAGGGUUUUCGUCUUCAAUUCCAUGGCGCCGUGCAUGACGUAGUUGUGCGAAACGAGUUGGAGGCUGCGUAUGGCAAAUAUAUGCAGCCAAAGCCCGAGGUCGACACGUCCAACUUGUUACUUUGUCCAAUGCCAGGCAUGCUCAUUUCCGUAGCAGUGGAAGUUGGCCAGCAAGUAGAGCUGGGCCAGGAGCUGGCUGUCGUGGAAGCCAUGAAGAUGCAGAACGUGCUUCGCUCUGAGAAGAGGGGCUUCAUCAAAAGCAUUGCACGUGCUGCUGGGGACUCGCUCAAGGUCGACGAGGUCAUCCUUCAAUAUGAAUAA